AUGACUCUCUACUACUCCCUUGUGUUUCUUAUUUUAGUGUUGGAGAUGGUUGUAUUCUUGGCCCUCGUCAUACCUCUUCCCCACACCAUCAAGCGCAAGCUGUUUGCCUUCAUCUCGGAGAGCCCAAUCAUCGCUAAGCUGCAAUAUGGAUUGAAGAUCACGUUCAUCUUCAUCCUUAUCCUGUUCAUUGACUCCGUGAACCGUGUGUACCGUGUGCAGCAGGAACUCUCCGGCUUCGCCAAGGACAGUCCCGGCAUGGGAGCCGCCCACCUCGGCACCGACCGCAUGGAGGUCCAGGCCCGCAAGUUCUACUCGCAGCGCAACAUGUACCUCUGUGGGUUCACUCUGUUCCUCUCUCUGAUCCUCAACCGCACCUAUACCAUGAUUCUUGAGACUCUUCGUCUUGAGGACCGCGUCCGUCUCUUUGAGGGCGACAAGAAGGCCGGCGGAAAGGACUCUGCCCGUAUUGCGGAGGCUGGUUCAAUCGGCGAGAUCGGUCGUCUUAAGGAGAUCAUUGAAUCCAAGGACCGGGAUAUUGAGACUCUCAAGAAGCAGUGCGAGGGUCUGACCCGCGAGUAUCACAGCCUGGGCGACCAGAUUGCCAACGAAAAGGGCGACAAGAAAGAGGGUGACAAGAAAGACCUGUAA